CCGAGAAGAAAAGAAAAGAAAAACUAAAUCCGCAAGAAGAAGAAAAAUGGCUCUUCCUCUCGACCUUGAAAGCCUCACUGAAGCAUUAUCAGGGAAUCUAGGGAUGGGAGUGGAUGAGAACGCGUUGAUAAGCAAACUGGGGAAAUCGCACAAAGAUCAUCGAAAGCUUUUUAGGAAAGCAAGCAAAAGUUUCUUUGUUGAAGAUGAAGAGAGAGCUUUUGAGAAAUGUCAUGAUCACUUCGUCCGACAUCUCAAGCUUGAGUUCUCUCGCUUCAAUAACGCCGUUGUGAUGUGGGCGAUGCAUCCAUGGGAGAGAGACGCAAGGUUGGUGAAGAAAGCUCUAAAGAAAGGAGAAGAAGCGUACAACCUCAUCGUGGAGGUCUCAUGCACACGCUCCGCUGAGGAUCUCCUCGGGGCACGUAAAGCUUACCACUCUCUUUUCGACCAGUCAAUGGAAGAAGACAUUGCCUCUCACGUCCACGGCCCUCAUCGCAAGUUGCUUGUGGGACUCGUGAGUGCUUAUAGGUACGAAGGGAACAAGGUGAAAGAUGAUUCCGCCAAAUCAGAGGCUAAGUUUCUGGCAGAAGCUGUGGCUUCUUCCGGAGAUGAAGUCGUCGAAAAGGAUGAGGUUGUUAGGAUUUUGACCACAAGAAGCAAACUCCAUCUCCAACAUGUCUACAAUCACUUUAACGAUAUAAAAGGCUCUGAUCUUCUUGGGGGUGUAUCUCAUUCUUCGCUCCUCAAUGAAGCAUUGAUUUGUUUGCUCAAACCGGCUGUGUAUUUCAGCAAGAUUUUGGAUGCAUCACUGAACAAAGACGCAGAUAAGACUACCAAGAAAUGGUUGACAAGAGUAUUAGUUACAAGAGCAGAUCAUAGUGAUGAGAUAAAGGAUAUCAAAGAAGAGUACAAUAACCUUUAUGGUGAGACUUUGGCACAGAGAAUCCAAGACAAGAUUAAAGGGAACUACAGAGAUUUCUUGCUCACACUGCUCUCCAAAUCCGAUUGAUUCCGUUUUUGAGAAAAUCAUUACCAAAACUUGUUUGAAGAUUCACUUUCCCUUUACGGUUCUAUGUUUCUGAUUCCAAAAUUUGCGUUUUUCUUCACCAUUUGGUUUAUUUGAUAAUAAAAGAAUUAAUGUCGUUCAUGACAUAACAAUUUGGUCCAAGGGGUUCUAUUUCGGAAGUAAAUUUUGUGUGUUCUGUUU